AUGCUCCGCCGCAAACCAACCCCGAUCAAGCUCACAACUGAUGACCUCAUCCUCUACGACGAGUUCAAAAAGGCCCAGGAUACUAAGAGCGAGGCUAGCAACAGCUUCCAGGAGAGUCUGCAGAAGGUUCCGGUUGCGGUGGACCAGAGAGUGAGGCAGAAGACCAGGGAGGAGAGGAUGGGGGUUAGGCAGUAA